CAGGGAGGACGCUCGCGGGCCCCCAGGCUAAACCCCGCCGUAGCCUUAAAUCUCCUACCAUGGGGGAAGCAGACGGCGGCCGCAGCUGUGGGACCACUAGGGAGCUGCAGAACCUGAAGCAGCAGGCGAUGGAGUACUACCGGCAGAACGACGUUCCGCGCAGGCUGGAAGAGCUGCUCAACGCCACCUUCUACCUCCAGCCUGCCGACGUCUACGGGCACCUGGCAAACUACUUUUCUAAACUUGCAAAGCCUCCCACCAUAUGCAGAAUAGUGGGGAAAACCAUACUGGAUGGACUGGGACUUCCUACCCUCCAAGUGGAAAUAUCCUGCACCAUUCAAAAUUUUCCCAAGGACAUAUGUUCGGUAGCAAUCUCUACACAUUUUGAGGUCCACGAGGAUGCCCCACCUGAGCAGGCGGAAGCAGAAGAAGCAGAAAGGGGCAGUGAGGUGAGCACCGCUGUGCAGUGGGUCAAUGAGACCAUCACCGAGGAGCUGUGGGGCAUCGACCCCUCCAACCAGGAAGAUGUCGAUCACAUACUCAGGAUGUUCUUUGCCAAAAAAGUACAGGAAGAUCUGGAAAGAAAAGAAUUGGAAAAGAGCCUAGAAGACUCAGCAAUGCCAAUAGCUCCACCUCCAAUACCGCCACCACCUCCUCCACCUCCUACAAAAAAGAAGGGACAAAAGCCAGGGAGGAAGGAAACUUUAAUAGAGAAACCUAUUCCACCUGCAGAACCUGUGGAGCCUGUACUCUGUGGCAGUAUGGCCAUAGGGGCUGUGUCCCUCGCUGUUGCCAAAACCAGUGCAACACUGGACAGUUGUCCUCUAUACUUAAAAAUUGCGUCACUGAAGCACAUUCAGGAACAGUCAGCAACACUGACUCUGCCUUUGCUGAUGGUAUCCCUGCUCAGCUGUGGGAAGUCGUCACCUGGAAAGCUUAAUUUAAUGAAAGAAGUGAUUGGUAUCCCUCAUCCUGGAUUAACCACCAGACAAGGUAUGGAGAUGCUUCUGGAAAUUCAGAAACAUAUCAACAAAAUCAUUGAAACGCCCCUUCCUCCAAAAGCUGAGACCAAAAAAGGGCAUAAUGGAAGCAAAAGAGGCCAACCACAGAUCAUUGGCAAGAUGUCCCAUCUUGGCUGUUUAAUCAUCAACUAUGACACCAUUGAGCAGCCAUUGCUUCUAAUUCAGGGAAUCUGUGCAAACCUGGGGCUAGAACUGGGAACAAAUCUGCAUCUAGCCAUCAACUGCGCAGGCCAUGAAUUGAUGGACUAUGGUAAAGGGAAGUAUGAAGUGACGGUGGGCACACUCAGAAACGCAGCCGAGAUGGUCGACAUGUACGUGGAGCUGAUCAACAAGUACCCUUCCAUUAUCGCCUUAAUCGAUCCUUUCAGGAAGGAGGACACUGAACAGUGGGACAGCAUCUAUAAUGCUCUUGGUUCCAAGUGCUACAUAGUCGCUGGAACUGCAUCCCAAAGCAUCUGUAAACUUCUAGAGCACGGAAAGCUCAGCAUCCCGAAAUCCAACGCGCUGAUCAUCAAACACACAAAUCAAACCACGAUGUCUGAUUUGGUGGAAAUAACCAAUCUUAUUGACAACACGCAGCACAUCGCUGUCUUCGGGAGUACAGAAGGAGAGUCGUGUGAUGACAGCCUUGUCGAUCUGGCUGUCGGACUGGGUGUCCGGUUUAUCAAGUUGGGGGGUCUUUCUCGUGGCGAACGAGUGGCUAAAUACAACCGCCUUCUUACUAUAGAAGAAGAGCUUGUCCAGAGCGGAACACUGGGUUCCUGUGAAGAACACACGUUCUUUUACUAUAACGAGGAAGCUGAAAAGGCUACUGAAGCACUUGAGGCUGUCUCCGCUGAGGCUAGCGAGCUGUUUGAGCCCUCGGAGUCCUUCUUCCCCACGGAGGUUGUGGAAGAAUCAGCCAAAGCAUGAACACCUUCCGGGAGGGCUGUCGCCACGUCAUUAGUAUGACUCCACUGGUGGCUUCAAGGCAGUCUCCAUACUGGGUUUGAUCUUAAACUUUGCUAAUUCUUUAUAUUUUCCAUUUCACCAUACAGGAAAAUACAUAGGUGGUGUUUUCGCCUGAAAUUCUGCCUGUGAACUUUGCUUUACAGCCAUACAUUUCCAUGGGGCUUUGUUUGUACGCGAGCUCUACUGCCCAUUUCUCAGGGGCGUGAUCUAGUAAGUGAGGCCAGUGAUUUCUGUUGCCAACUCCAGGCUCAUCUUUUACAAAUUGCAUCAUUUCCGAAAAUAAGAACUUAACUACGCUAGAAGCCCUCUGUGCUUAUCCUGUACGUCUGAGCCGGAAAGCACAGACACGUUUUUGUAGUCAGCCUAAUGCAUUGACAGGUAGGAAAGUGUUUUUGUACUCGCCAGAGAGCUUCAUUUAUUUUUCCUACCCUUAAUUCCCUUUUCCCUGAUUCCCUCCACUAGAAUUUUAGUUUUUCUUGUAUUAUUUUGAUCUUUUUAAGUCUCCUUAGAUCAUUUCUGGAGCAAGAAUGGGUAUAAAUGAAGAAGUGCAUUAGUGAAUGAAUAGUCUUACAGUUAUACAUUGCUCAAUGACUUAUACUACAACUUUUAAAAAAGUGAUUAAAAAUGAU